CUCAAGAAAAAUGGGUAUCUCAUGCAGACCUUUCCUCAUCUGUUCUAAUUUUUCUUCUUAUUUUUAAAAAUAGAAAUCAACUAUGAGAAACCAUACAACAGUAACAACCUUUAUUCUUCUUGGACUGACAGAUGAUCCACAAUUACAGGUGAUCAUUUUUCUUCUUCUUUUUUUCACCUACAUGUUGAGCAUCACUGGGAAUCUAACCAUCAUCACCCUCACCCUACUGGAUUUUCGUCUCAAAACACCCAUGUAUUUCUUCCUCCGAAAUUUCUCAUUUUUAGAAGUCGCAUUCACAACUGUCUGUAUUCCCAAAUUUCUUGUUACUAUGGCAACAGGUGAUAAGACCAUUUCUUACAACAAUUGUGCAGCACAGCUGUUUUUCACUAUUCUCUUGGGGGCAACUGAAUUUUUUCUUCUGGCUGCCAUGUCCUAUGACCGUUAUGUGGCCAUCUGCAAACCCUUGCAUUACGCCACCAUCAUGAGCAACAAAAUUUGCAACUUGCUGGUCUUUGCUUCAUGGAUGGCUGGCUUCCUAAUAAUUUUUCCACCACUCCUUAUGGGUCUUCAGCUUGAUUUUUGUGCAGCCAACACCAUAGAUAAUUUCUUCUGUGAUGUUUCUCCUAUACUUCAGCUCUCUUGCACAGACACUGACAUAAUAGAAUUAAUGAUGCUUCUCUCAGCCAUUUUGACACUCCUGGUUACACUGGUAUUAGUGAUUCUUUCCUAUACGAAUAUUAUCAGGACUGUUCUGAAAAUACCUUCUUCUCAACAGAGGAAAAAGGCAUUUUCUACAUGUUCUUCCCACAUGGUGGUCGUAUCCGUUUCUUAUGGCAGCUGCAUCUUCAUGUAUGUGAAGCCCUCAGCAAAAGAAAGAGUGUCAUUAAAUAAGGGGAUAGCUCUGCUCAGCACUUCUGUUGCCCCCAUGUUGAAUCCCUUUAUUUAUACACUAAGAAACAAACAAGUUAAAGAUGUUUUUAAGCAUAUAGUCAAAAAGAUUGAACUUUUCUCAGUGAAAUGAGUCACUUCAAUGAUAUUGUUAAGGUUAUGAGUAAAAUAAAACAAGAGUGGAGUAUGUACACAGUUUUUCAAUGCUUGUAUUCAAAAUAAUAUUACCUCUUUUUUGAUUUAUAAUUUUCAUUAUAGCCUUCCUAAUCUCCAAAGCCUAACCUUCACUCCCAUUUCUCCCUCAUGCUAAGAGCACAUAUAAAAGAUACUUCUUGGUUUUGGUCAAAAUCGUUUGCUCAUUAUUAGU